ACGUCAGCCUGCAUGGGAAGGGGAACAGUCAGCAUGCAUCGCUCCGCCCUCAGCCUGCUAGGCAGGAGAAGCCUUUGCUUUUUCCCGUUACUUCUGACACCGUGAAUAUGUGUAGUGACACCACUGCCAGGCUUUCGCCACAGCGGAGAAAAAGUGAAGCGGAGAGAUUAGGAAGAUGAAAAGUUAUUUAGUCAGGCGUCAAUUUGUAAACAAAAUGGCGAGUCUGUGGAGGAUGUUAUAGCUUGAUGGCAAGCUAGCUCUACCUACUGAAUGGUAUGAAGUCUACAAACUGUUCUAAUGUCAUUAUAACACUGCGAGCUGGGAAGCGGAGAAGACUCAGAAGGGUCGCUAUGUCUUCGGAUAGGAUACACGAACCUUUUAUUGCCUAAUUUUCAAAGGAACUAUGUUUGUCCCGGAAUGUAACGAGGACUACUGGCUACAGUGUUACCUUCCAGACGAACAGUGCAGUAACUUCUUCCGUCGCGCUGGACACUGCAACUAAAAAGGGUUCUUGCCAAAAAAGAAACUAACGCUCCAGAAAAGUUGAAAUAUAUUUUUAAAAUAGCGCCAAUGCGUUCAUCCGUCUCUUGACCCUGCAUUUAAGUAUUGCCUUUCAGGAAUGUUGUACAUACAUUUAGAAAGAAGAACUGCUGUACCCUCAGGUAUCACUCCUUGAUUUGGCAGUGCACUUUGUUGAUGUGAUAAUCAUGUAUGACACUCUUUCGACGGAUUACAGCUGCAUAUCCUUACGUAUCUGAGGAACUCUGCAUCGUUCAACCUUUUCUCAAACUGUCGGCAAUCUACUGUACUGUUUCUACCAUGGCUGUCAGGUCCAGGAGACCUUGGAUGAGCGUAAUUGUUGGGAUAGUUCUUGGAUUUACAGCUGCUUCUUGGCUGAUUGUCCCCAGGGUGAUGGAAAUCAGUGGCAAGAAGCGGCGGUCCUCCAUGUGUUCGUACUAUAGCAAUUCUGUGAAUAUCGCCAAAGUUCCAGAAGUGCACGGCAGCACCGCAACGAGCAAUGCGUGGCGCAAAGAUCCGGAGAGUCCUUUAUCUAGCCAAGAAGGAAGUGAGGAGGAGGAGGAAAGUGUCUACCGGACAGGCAAUGGAAGCGGGGAUGGCGGCGGACCUAUAGCCAAACCUAAGCAUUUCCUCUACGUGGGUGUCAUGACUGCCAAAAAGUACCUUGAUUCACGAGCCGUUGCCGCGCAUAGGACGUGGACUCGUUCCAUCCCGGGGAAGGUGGAGUUUUUCUCCAGUGAAGGCUCGGACGUGGUGCCGCUGCCAAGUCCCCUCCCAGUGGUGUCGUUGGCCGGAGUGGACGACUCAUACCCUCCUCAAAAGAAAUCUUUUAUGAUGCUUAAAUACAUGCACGACCAUUACUUGGAUAAAUACGAGUGGUUCAUGAGAGCAGAUGACGAUGUCUACAUCCGAGGAGAGAAGCUGGAGUCCUUCCUGAGGUCGCUGAACAGCAGCAAGCCCCUGUACCUGGGCCAGACGGGCCUGGGCACCAUGGAGGAGCUGGGUAAGCUGGCGCUGGAGCCCGGCGAGAACUUCUGCAUGGGCGGCCCCGGCAUGAUCUUCAGCCGGGAGGUGCUGCGGCGGAUGGUGCCGCACAUCCGCACCUGCCUGCGGGAGAUGUACACCACCCACGAGGACGUGGAGGUGGGCCGCUGCGUGCGCCGCUUCGGAGGCACCCAGUGCGUCUGGUCCUACGAGAUGCAGCAGCUGUUCUACGAAAACUACGAGCACAACAAGAAGGGCUUCAUCCAGGACCUGCACAACAGCAAGAUCCACAACGCCAUCACGCUGCACCCCAACAAGCGGCCCGCUUACCAGUACCGGCUGCACAGCUACAUGCUCAGCCGGCAGAUCUCGCAGCUGCGCUUCCGCACCAUCCAGCUGCACCGCGAGGGCGUCACCAUGAGCAAGCUGGGCAACACCGAGGUGCAGUGGGAGGACCAACAGCUGGGGGCGCCACCUUCCUACACGCGCUACCAGCCGGUGGAGCGCAGCGGCGUCAUCGAGUGGGACUUCCUGACCGGCCGGCACCUGUACGCGACGGGCGAGAAGCAGAUGCCCCGGCAGGGCCUCGGGAGCCUGCUGCGGGCCGCCCUGGAGGACACGGUCAUGCAGGUGAUGGAGAUGAUCAACGAGAACUCCAAGGCGCGCGGGCGGGUCAUCGACUUCAAGGAGAUCCAGUACGGCUACCGGCGUGUGGACCCGCUGCACGGCGCCGAGUACAUCCUGGACCUGCUGCUGCUCUACAAGAAGCACAAGGGCCGCAAGGUGACGGUGCCCGUGCGGCGCCACGCCUACCUCCAGCAGUCGUUCAGCCGGCCGUUCUUCACGGAGGCUGAGGAGCUGGACGUGAGCGAGCUGGUGGACGCUAUCAACACCGAGUCGCAGUCCUUCUCCUUCCUGUCCAACUCGCUCAAGAUCUUCGCGCCCUUCCAGCUGCCGGACGCCGCGCGGGAGAUGCGCGAGCGGAGCCAGAAGAAGGUCCACAUCCUGGUGCCGCUGACCGGCCGCUACGACACGUUUGCACGCUUCAUGGACAACUUUGAGCGCACGUGCCUUCUGCCCAACCAGAACGUCAAGCUGACGGUCAUCCUUGUCGACAACGACAGCAACCAGGACCGUGAGAAGCACCUGGACCUCAUCAAGGAGUUCCACAACAAGUACCCCAAGGGGGACCUAUCGGUCAUCCCCAUGACGGGCGACUUCUCCCGAGGCUUGGCCCUGGAGUUGGGCUCGUCUUUGUUGACCAACAACAGCCUGCUGUUCUUCUGCGAUGUGGACCUGGUCUUCAACGGCGAUGCCCUGCAGCGAUGCCGGGACAAUGCCGUCCAGGGUAGCCAGGCUUACUUCCCUGUGGUCUUCAGCCAGUACGACCCCAAGAUUGUCUACGCCGGGAACCCGCCGGACGACACCAACUUCGUCUUCACCAAGAAGAGCGGCUUCUGGCGGGACUACGGCUUCGGCAUCACCUGCAUCUUCAAAAGCGACCUACAGCACGCCGGGGGCUUCGACACGUCCAUCCAGGGCUGGGGCCUGGAGGACGUGGACCUCUUCACCAAGGUCAUCAACUCGGGCCUCAAGGCCUUCCGCAGCCAGGAGCCCGGCAUCGUCCACGUGUACCACCCGGUCCACUGCGACACGAACUUGGAGCCCAAGCAGUACAAAAUGUGCCUGGGCUCGAAGGCGAGCACGUACGCGUCCACCAUGCAGCUGGCCGAACUCUGGCUGGAGAAACACUUGGGUGUGGGCUACAACAGAACUUCUUCUUGAUAGCCGGCAGCUCUCCAUCACUGUCAUAAAGAGUUUACCUCAGUUCUGCAUGAAUAGGAGAGGAGAGAGAGAGAAAGAGAGAGAAGAGAGAGAUGGACCAACGUGUAUGUGUGUGUGAGCAAAUGUGUGUGUGUGUGUGGGUUUGGGAGGACUGUGUGACUCGUUGCCAGUGCGUAUAUGUCCGCACUAUGCCAUGCUAAGACAAGUGAAUUUCAAAGGUACGUUCAGUCAUUUUUGUUCAGUGCAAUUUUGCUGUCCCCCUCCCCUACAGUUAUGUUUCCCUCUUCUUGUUCUUUAUCUCUUUUUGUUUGGGCUGACGGACACUUCUCUACAGCGUCUUCCAAAGGACAUUGGUUUGCGCAGGCCUGUCAACUCGCCUGUGCUUCAGACCUUGUGAAUGAGACUGUGAUGUAACUGGUUUUGG